AUGAUCCGCAGCGUCGGGACUAGUCAAUCAACGGGCUGGACUUCAAGACUGCAGGCCAGCGCUGACCUCGCAUGGAAUGUGAUGGGAUGGGACGGGGGCCAGACGGGAUGGUGGGCAGUGGGCAACGAACAGGUUGGCCCAGAGUGGCAUGGGAAUGGGACGGGACGGGACAGAUGUCGGAGGGGCGCGGCCUUUUGCAGCGCUUCGCUCGCCAGAUCGGGGUCAACUCUCAUCAAUGCGCUGGGCCCUCUGGGAAAUUUCCCUGGAAGUGAGCACCCGCCCUGGAACCUGGAAGCCUCGACAACGCAGUAG